AUGACAAAGCAUUCGCGUCAACGAACGCAAAAUGUUAAAUAUGAAAUUUUGGAACUUGGUGCUGGAACUGGAAAAUUUACUAAGAAACUGAAGGAUAAACUAAAGCAAGAGAAAUUAAUUGCUGGUGAACCUUCAGAAGGAUUUUUGACAGUUUUAAAACAGUCUUGUCCAGAUGUAGAGUGUUUACAAUUUGCUGCCAAUAAUAUUCCACUACCAGAUUCUUCAGUUAAGGCAGUGGUAUGUGCUCAGGCUUUUCAUUGGUUUGCUAAUGUACCAAGUUUAUCAGAAAUUGAUAGAGUUCUUGUACCAGGAGGUUUACUUUUUCUGGUAUAUAAUAGAAAAGACAGAAGAUAUCCUAUGGUUUCCGAGUUAUCUCAGAAGAUAGAAAGUUUUAUGGGAGACAAACCACCACCGCAAUAUUCAGAUAUGAAAUGGAAAAAUGUUUUCAAUGAAACAGGGUCGUUAAAAAGACAUCAAGAUAUUAUCUUGGAUGGAAUAAAAUUUAAGGGACCACUAGACGUCGUUAUUAACAAUGCAUGCUCAGUGAGCUAUAUCAACAACCUACCAGACGAUAUGAAGGUCAAGGUUAAACAAGAAAUCGCUGAAAUUAUCAAGAGUUAUGUAGGAGACCAAGCCGAGAUACAUAUUCCUCAUUAUUCAAUAAUACAUUUAUAUAGAAAACAACAAUAA